AGCUCGGCGGGAGAGGUGCGGGCGGGAGCCGAGGCAGCCGGAGAGGACUCCAGCAGUAGAGAGCGGACUGCAGCCGGCCACCCCGUAGCCCUCGCCUAGGACAGCCGCGCGCUGGGCAUCGCCCGAGGGAUCCGCGCGUAGCGCAACCGGCCGAGCCGACCCGGAGCCCCGCACAGUCCGCGCAGCGCCGCGCAGCCCCGACCCGCGCAGCCCGCCGCGCUCCCGCCGCCGGUCCGGGCAGCAUGAGGCGCGCGGCGCUCUGGCUCUGGCUCUGCGCGUUGGCGCUGCGCCUGCAGCCGGCCCUCCCGCAAAUUGUGGCCACAAAUGUGCCCCCUGAAGAUCAGGACGGCUCUGGGGAUGACUCUGACAACUUCUCUGGCUCAGGUGCAGGUGCCCUGCAAGAUCUCACCUUGUCAAAGCAGACCCAUGCUGUCCAGAAGGACGUGGGUGUCCUGACGGCCAUCCCCACAGCUCCAGAGCCCACCAGCACAGAUACCAUCGCCCCCUCUACCUCCGUCGUGCCAGCCAGAGCGGCGCCUGAGGAGGGAGCGGUGGUGUACCUGUCAGGGGUGGAGCCUGGCUUUACCACCCAGGAGAAGGAGACCAUCCACCCACCCAGUGAGACCACCCUGCACCCAACCACCCACCGGGCAUCGACGGCAAGGGCCACCACAGCCCAGGGGCCUGGCACACUCCAUCCACACAGGGCCGUGCAGCCUGACCACCACAAGACCUCUGUUCCCGUAGUACCUGACCAGCUGCUUGACCCUCACCCUCCCAGCGUGGCAGAUGGAGGUCCUUCUGCCACCGAGAAGGCUGCUGAGGAUGGAGCCUCCACCCAGCUUCCAGCAGGAGAGGGCUCUGGCGAGCAGGACUUCACCUUUGACCUGUCGGAGGAGAGCACAGCCGGGGCUGCAGUGGAACCUGACCAGCGGAAGGAGCCCCCAGUGGAUCCUGAGGCUGCGGGGGCCUCACAGGGCCUCCUGGACAGGAAGGAAGUGCUGGGAGGGGUCAUUGCUGGAGGCCUCGUGGGGCUCAUCUUCGCUGUGUGCCUGGUGGGUUUCAUGCUGUACCGGAUGAAGAAGAAAGAUGAGGGCAGCUACUCCUUGGAGGAGCCGAAACAAGCCAACGGCGGGGCCUACCAGAAGCCCACCAAGCAAGAGGAGUUCUACGCCUGACGGGGGAGCACUUCUCCCCCUCUCCCUGCCACUCAGCUAGGCCCCCACUUGCCUCUUCCGUGAAGAACUGCAGGCACUGCCUCCCCUGCCGCCAUGCCACCUCCCCAGCGCUCCCGGCCCCCCCAGCCAGCUCCCUGCCCGCCGAGUGCCGGGGCUCGCUGGGGGCUCUCCUCUGCUUCUCUGACUUCUGCCUGGAGACUUGGCGCGAGGGCUUUCUCGUGUAUGACCUUUCCACCACAGCCAGCACCUGGCAUCUCACCAUUCUGACUCAGUUUCUCCAAACAGGAGCAGACCCUCCCCAGGCCCAGCUCUGGAGAGAAAGGGGACCCCACUUCUUUGGACCUGGAUGGCCCGCGUGUCUGGGAGAUGCUCGGGCUGAGGGCUGAGGGCUGGCACAUCUGUAGCACUUACUGGUAGAGACCAACAGUCUCGGGGGCGUUUACCGCUGAGUGGCAGGGAGAGGAGUUCCGGGCUCCGUCAGAGUUCACUUUGCUUUGUGGGGAAGUCUCGUUUAGAUAUCCACUUGUUUUUGCACAUGUUUCCUCUAGUUUCUUUGUUCAUAGCCCAGUAGACUUUGUUACUUCUGACGUAAGUUAAAUUGAUUUGGUUACCCCCCAUCCUGCUUCCCUCAUCUCUGGUCAGGAGACAGUGUCAGGGUUAAGAAGACUUUUUUUUUUUUUUUUAACUAGAAGAACCAAAUCUGGAAGCCAACAUAUAGGCUGUUUGUGUGUUGUCUCUGAGUUCGUCGCUCAAGUAUGCAACAGGGUAUGGAAUGUCUAUCAGUUGGCCCCACUGGUGGGCUGGCCGAUCCCGGCUGCCAUGGGCAGUCACCUCUUUGAGUGAUCACGCCCAUGUCCACGAACUCAGGGCCACGGCGGUGGCCUGGGCUGCUGCGAUCGAUGUUGAGAAGCCCGUGUGAGAACUGAGUCCUGGUGCCUCAGGCUGGGGUACGAGGGGAGAGGACUGUCGGGUGGGAGAGGUGGCAGGGCCCAGGGGAUCUCCCGCAGCCUGGGCGCUUCCUUUGGCGCCACCUCUGGGCUAUUGGACUCUUUCUCUUGGAAGGUGAUGAGAGGGGUUUUGGGCACACCUGGCACUGAGCUGCUCCAUGAAGAACCAGGUUCACCUGUGAUUAGCUCCUGUGGCCCUGCCCUGGGCUGGAAUCAGGAAUGUUCCAAAGAGUGAUAGUCUUUUGCUUUUGGCAAAACUCUACUUAAUCCAAUGGGUUUUUCCCUGUACAGUAGAUUUUCCAAAUGUAAUAAACUUUAAUAUAAAGUAGUCGUGUGAACUCCACUCCCUUUUCUUCUCUCUGUGCUGGUUGUGUGGACGUGACCAGCCUUUUCUCGAAAUACCAAUGAUAUCGGGGAAACUUGGCUCAAAGCUCUGUGCCUUCCUCUUUCCCGUGGGGAGGGAUUCUGGGGUCAGAGUCCCUCUGAUUUGUUUUUUGUUGUCUUUGCUAAAAUUGUGGCUUUUGGUAGGUUCAGCCAAGGUUAUAUAAGGCCUGAUGUCAGUUUCUGUGUUGCCAAGCUCCAAGCACAGUCUCCUAAGUGGCUGAAGAAGCUGUGAUGGCCCAGCACACCCUGACCUGAGGCCCGUGGCCCCUCGGAGACCUGGAGCCAAGGCCCCCCUCUCAGACCCCUUGCACAGUCCUCCUCUCACACCUCUGCUAGGCCCGGAGGCCCCGGCCCAGGGCUCCUGGGAGCUCCCGUGCUUGCUUAUUUCAUUUGACAACGUUCCAGGGGCUCUGUGGGCCGCUCAGAGGCGGGCGCCAUCUGUGACUAAGAGAGGUGCACUGCCAAAUGAAGGGAACCUGUGCCCUGUGUUCGACACUGGGACUUUCUGCCCGGAGUGUAUGACUGGGUACGAUUCGGGGGGUGGGGAAGCGGUCUGUGACCAUGCUCGUCUCUGCUGGUCCAGGGGAUGGCACCGAGCCUGUGGCUGGCCCGUUCGUGUAACUGUAAUAAACAGUACUUGUCAUUUUGG